CAGACUUGUGCAACAAGCGUAUGGCCAGGUAAGCUGCAGCAGGCGCAAGGGAAACAUGAAUGCAGUCUGACAAGUCAGGUAACAAAUGACACUUGGGGAAGAGAACCCCUGGCUGUCUCCUAGCAACAAGUGAGCUGUAGGUGCUGCUGCAGGUGUAGUAGGGAGCGCUGUGUGUUUGCUACACAAGUCGGGCUGAUCAGACUGCCACUGUCCCAGGGAAAAAGCAGGCGCGGCUGUGCGAAAGGAUUUACCUGCUCGGGGCACGACAAGCUGCAGUGUGUGUGGGUGGAGAAGAAGUGCACUGAUAAAGCCUUCCAGGCUGACUGGAGAAUUCCCUGGCAUGGUUACAAAUGUUCCCUCUGCUGCUGCUCCCAGCACGUUGUUCACAGGUCACACGGGCUUUUACUGAAGGAGCAACAGGGAUAAAGCGCUAACAACAGCAGCGACCGGACUUGUGCCCUCAUUGUGCCUCCCUUAAGGAAAAUGAUGAGGUACAGCUCUGCCAGCACUCUCACUACCUCAGACACCGUCACUGCACACAAACCCGGAGGAGUUUGCCGGUUGCGUCUCACCCUGCCUUCAGAAGCAAGCUCACGGCCAAAGCAGGAUGACAUUAAGAAAGACACUUCUGUAAAUGCUGAUCUUAGAAGUACAGCAGAAAGGAGAAAAAAGAGAAAUGGCAUUGUCUUGUCUGAAAAGAACACAUCUGAACCACCAACCCUUCAUCUCUACACCAUUCCCAAAAACAAUUCACCAUCUGCAGUGGCUUCCCAUGGAGUGGUAUAUGGUGUUGUACAGAGGGCUGAAAACAACCAUCAGAACGAGGUUGUUGUCUAUGAGUGGUCUACUAGCCAGAUAAAGGAAGAGAUGAACUACAUCAAAGAUGUGAGAGGGACUUUGGAAAAAAUCAGAGAGAAAAUGUUUGGAGAGUAUGAUGAAAUGAAACAAAAAGUUCAACAGCUCACUCAUGAAAUGAAAGUUUCUUCAGUACAAAAGGAGUUCUUGGAGAGCCACUCCCAGGCGCAAUCUGCAGCACUGGAUACCUUUGGAACAAUCAAUAGUUCCCUGAAUGCGGCUUCUAUAGAAAUUCAGAAAACUCUGGUGGAUAUGACCUUGGAAAACAGCAACAUUAAGGAUGAAAUGAAGAAUUUAAAACAUUCGUAUGAAGAAUCCUUGGACAAACUGAAAAAAAAGCAGCAGUUGUUGGAUACUGCCCAAAGUGAAAACCAGUUGUUAAAAGUCAAGAUUGAAUCUUCCCAGGAAGCUAAUGCUGAAGUCAUGAGAGAAAUGACACGAAAGCUGUACAGUCAAUAUGAAGAAAAGCUUCAACAAGAGGAACUGAAAUACACUGCAGAAAAAGAUAUGCUUGUGGAUCAGACAAGACUGUACAUGAAAGCAGUUGAAGAUGCUAGUGAGAAGGUUCGCGUUGCUGAGAUUAAAAUUGAAGAAAGAGAUGUAAAAAUUGCAGAACUUGACAAAUUAGUGCAUCGUAUGGAACAGGAACGAGAGCAACUGCAUGAACAAUUGAUGAGACAUGAAGAACAAAUACAAAAUCUUGAUAACAGGAUGCAAAUGCAUUCACCAGACAGGAACGAACGUUUAGAGGAAGUUGCGACAAGUUUAAGAGAACGCAUUAAGCAUCUGGAUGACAUGGUUCAUUGCCAACAAAAGAAGGUUAAACAUAUGAUUGAAGAGAUUGAAUUGCUGAAGAAAAAGGUUCACUACAAAGACUUACUCAUCCAGCAACUGCUAGAAAGGAUUGCUUUUCUGGAAGGAGAGAACACAGAGCUACAAGAUAAAGUGGACUUCUUGAUGGCAAACCAAACAAAAACUAACAAGGAAACCAAAGAUAUUGGAACAUCAUAUGAUAUUCCAGACAGUGCUUCGGUUGAUGGCUCUACAACACAGUCUACUUCAGUAAUUAAUGAAGACAUCCCUGAUGGAUACAGCAGUGAAAAACAUUCCAGAACUCCUGUCAAGCGAUCCUACACUCCUUACAUGAGAGUUCUACAAUUGAGCAUGAGUCACAAGGUCUCCUAAAUACCGGUCCAUCAAGACAAGACAGCGAUUGGCAACUCAACAAACAAAUCAGAUUCAGAUCUUAUAUUAUCAAGCCACGAAAAGAUUUUUUACUUGAACUCCAGUGUAAUUUUGCAUUCUGUUUCCCAUUGUAAAGUGGCCACUGAAUUUACACUUCGUUCAUGCUAUAUUUAUCAGUCGGGAUAAAAAAACCCUCUUCAUUUCUGUGCUAACAAGAAUGACACAGGUCACUGCCAAACCUCUUUUCUACAUUUAUUCUAUUGAAUUCUAUGACACGAUAUUUAUCAAGGCAUGGCAAUAUGUGCUAACUAUAUUCUUCUAUUACCCUUGCCACGGUUUUAACAUAAAACUGUCAAAUGUCACACGAAUCCAUUAUUAACUAUACACAAAAUAAUAACUAGACUGCAAACAGUUCUAGCAAUUAUCUUACCAAAGUUUUCACUACAUAUAAGUCACUACAGGUCUUUUUAUUGUUGAUAUAACUCAGACAGCCAGACGGCACUUCUGGAAUGUGGUUUAUUGGAGUUGCUGCUGUUAGACAGCUAACGCGUUUCGGGAAUGUAUCCCUUAGUCAUAUUGUUGAUGCUGACACUAUUACAGGCCUUGAAUAAGAGCUGAUGGGUAGCAUUAUUGGGGCUGGAGAAUGUGCUAUGUCUUAUAGGGUAUAGCAUUUACUGUAUAGAGAGUGUGUGUGUGUGUGUUGAAAUGACCCUCGCAGUACUGGCCAGAACAUUCUGUAUGUGUGUGUGUGAGUGUGUGUAAAUACACAAAACGUUUUAUUUCGCUUUAUGGAUACAUCAAUGUUGUGGAUGCCUGUAUUCUUUAAGAUUGUGCCUUGAUUGCUAUAUAUUUAUUUGUAUGAAUUUUGAACCAUGCAUUUUGUGUGAAAGUUAUAUAGCAGUAACAGCUAAAAUAUCAUACUUCUAUUAACCCUUUAAGUGCCUGGACUAUAGAACCUGCAGUGGCUCUAAAGGGCUACUGCUGUUUAUAUGCAACAUGAGAUCAAAACACUGCCGACACUCAAUAGGUUAAAGGCUAUCUUAAGUUUAAGCUGCAUUUUAUAGCUCAUGAAUAAUCUUGUAUCAUUAACAUGCCUACGCAAUGUACAGUACUUUAGUGGGCUGGGACUUUCCGCCCAGGCUUACAAGGUUAAAUCACAUCUACUAAAGGCAAAAAUGCUACCCAUGGGGAUGGAGAGCAUUCUUACUGCAUCUCUUAAUGGAAGAAACUGUAAACAAUAAAACUUCAAAUAAACAUGAUUGUAUUGGGGUUGCACCCCUUUUUAAAUUGCCUUUGAAGUACUGCCAUGUGCCUUAAUGUGUAAUAUACCUAUUUUCUUACUGUGCAGUUCUUCUGGUUAUGUUUUUAUUUCAGUGUUAUAUACAAUUAUGAAGCCAGUAACCAAAAUAUAAAAGCUAUUUUGAUAGUAGACUGUACAUUGUUGAAAGCAUGUAACAUCUGUAAAUUAACAUUUUGUAAGGGAAACUGACUACAAUGACUCAUUCUGAGUACUAAUUACUCAGGGCGGGGCUAACAACAUAUGCAUUUAUACUUAAGGCAAAACUAUGGAACAAUUCCAUACAAUUAAAGUACUCCAAGUAA